UGUGUUGUGGGCCAGAGGGGGGGGGCCACUUGGGGGCUCUUAAAGAGACAGGGACCUCUUUUGGAUUCCGAGCCCCCUUUAAGAAGCCAGAGCCCAAGGCUGCAAAAUGUCCCCGGGGCAGAAGGCGGGCGAGUCCAGCCGCGGCCACAGCAACGGCCAGAGGGUCCCCUUCGGACACUGCAAGGAGAAGCCUUCUUCAGCCUGAAGGCCAAGCCUCACGGUUCCUCUCCCUCUUUCCCGACUUCCCGUCUUUCCCGGAUCCCGUUUGCUCCCGAAGAGAAGGCGGUGGGAUGCCCUGAACCGACGGCCAUGCCGAGGCCGGCUUCCCGCUCGUAAUUCGGGGCCUGACGUUCCCUGCGUGUCGGUUCCGGGAAAGAAGAGGAGCCCCUCCCUCCUGGACGCCGGAAAGAAGAGGAGCCGUCCCCUCCCUCCCUCCUGGACGCCGGCAACGCUUUGACGGGAAGGAAGGAAGGAAGGAAGGAAGGAAAGCACCGCAGGCGGGCGGGCGGGCGGUCUUCCCGCCCCCCAUUUCGUUUUUUACAAAUAUAUAUAUUUUUGCGUGAGGAUUUUGGGAGAAAAUGGGGAGGAAAAAGAUUCAGAUCCAGCGGAUCACGGACGAGAGGAACCGGCAGGUGACAUUUACGAAGCGCAAGUUUGGCCUGAUGAAGAAGGCGUACGAGCUGAGCGUGCUGUGCGACUGUGAGAUUGCGCUCAUCAUCUUCAACCACUCCAACAAGCUCUUCCAGUACGCCUCCACCGACAUGGACAAGGUCCUCCUCAAGUACACCGAGUACAACGAGCCCCACGAGAGCCGCACCAACGCCGACAUCAUCGAGACGCUGCGCAAGAAGGGCUUCAACGGGUGCGACUCCCCGGAGCCGGACGGGGAGGACUCCAUUGACCAGAGCCCGCUCCUGGAGGACAAGUACCGCAAGGCCAGCGAGGACCUCGACCUCCUCUUCAAGAGAUACGGGUCUGCAGUGCCGGCCCCCAACUUUGCCAUGCCAGUGACUGUCCCGGUGAGCCAGUACAGCAGCCCCUCUGGAGGGGCCCUGGUCACUCAGUCGCUGGUCACUUCCUCGCUGACCGACCCGCGGCUGCUUUCGCCACAACCGCAGCAGCAGCAGCAGCAAACACAGUCGCUGCAGCGCAAUGCCGUCUCCCCGGGGCUGCCCCAGAGGCCGGCCAGCGCAGGAGCCAUGCUGGGAGGAGACCUCAACAACACCAACGGUGCCUGCCCCAGCCCGGUUGGGAACGGCUACCUGAGUGCCCGGGCCUCCCCGGGGCUCCUCCCCCCGGUCUCCAAUGGCAACAACCAUCACCACGGCAACGUCCUGGGGGCAAAGGUCAUCCCGGCCAAGUCCCCCCCUCCUCCCCCGCAGCCCCCUCCCUCCCCCCAGAUGGGCGGGGCCGGCGGCGGAAGGAAGGCCGAGGAGCCAAUCCGCAUCGUCAUCACCUCGCAGGGCGGCGGCGGCAACGGAGGGAAGGGCCUCAUCCAGCACCUGACGGAGGACCACUUGGACCUGCAGAACCACCAGCCUCAGCAGCAGCAGCAGCAGCCUCGCCUGGGCCCGUCCCUCUCGCAGGGGCCCCCUCACCCGCUGGCCACUCACCCCCCCGUGGUCUCGGUGGCGCCCCCCUCCCUCCUGACCCAGGGACUGCCCUUCUCCGCCAUGGCCUCCGCCUACAGCUCAGACUACCAGCUGACCAGUGCUGACCUGUCCUCCUUGCCGGCCUUUGGCUCUCCGGCCGGCCUCUCUUUGGGCAGCAUCUCCGCCUGGCAACAACAACAACAGCAGCAGCAGCAGCAACAACAACAGCAUCACCUGGUCCCUGUCUCCCUAAGCAACUUAAUACAGGGGGCGCACCUGGCCACUUCCUCUUCCUCCGCUUCCUCUUCCUUGACGGUCAACACGAACCCCGGCGGCGGCGGCGGCGGCAUCAGCAUCAAGGCGGAGCCGGUCUCCCCCAACCGGGACCGAGGCGGCGGCAGUGGCGUGGCCCCGCCCUCUUUCGCCCUGGGCCCCGCCCCCUCCGGGCGCUCCCCCGCCAAUGAGGAGCGCGACGACCCCGCCGGCUCCUCCCCCUUCGGCCUCCUAAGGCCCGCCCCUUCCUCCGACGCCACGGAGGACAACAACCCCGCGGUCAAGCGGCUGCGGCUGGACGCUUGGGUCACAUAGGGUGGUCAAGGGGUCAAGGGUCAGCAUGGGGAGGGGGCGGGGCAUUAUUAUUACCAUUAUUACCGUUAUUAUUAUUAUUAUUACUAUUAUUAUUAUUAUUAUGAUGAUGAAACUGCCUGGGACGGAGGCCGAGAGACAGAAACGCCCCAUGGCAGGAGUCUCUAGGAUGGGAUGUAUAGUUUGCAGGGACGGAGGCAGGCGGCAAUGGGACGCGGGGAGCGGACGGGGGGAGUGAGUGCCUUGAGGGUUUCGGUCGUGUUUACGGAGAGGAGAGGUCCACGCCCGCAAAGGACUUGUUCACAGGACAUGAUGGGAGACGUAGUUUUCCGGCUUCGGGAGGCGUAGUUCAGGGAAGUCCAAGAGUCGGGAUGCAAUAGCUUUAAGGAGAGCCUCGCCUGCGCGCCGCAGUCGUUUCUUCCUAUGCCUUCCCUUCCUUCCUUUCUUUCCUUUUUUCUUUCAUUCUUUCUUUCCUUCCCUUUCCUAUUCCUUCCUUUUCUUUCUCUUCCUUCCCUUUGUUUUUCUUCCCUUCCCAUUUUCUCCCUUCCCCGUUCUCUUCCUCUUUUUCUUCUUUUCUUUCUUCCCUUUUCUUUCUAUUCUUUCCUUUCUUCUUUCUAUUCAAUUUCUAUUUGAUUUUCUUCUUCCUUCUCUUCCCUUUUCUUUCUGUUCCUUCCUUCCCUUUCUCCCUUCUCUUCCUCUUUCUUCCUCUUUUCCACUGCUUUUUUUUCUUUCGUUCUUUCUUCAUUCUCUUUUCUUUCUAUUCUUCCACCUUUCUUUCCUUUUCUUUCUGUUCCUUUUCAUCCCCUUUCGUUCUUUCUUUUUCUUUCUUUCUUUCCUUCCUUCCUUCCCUUUCCUGUUUUUUUUUCUGUUCCUUAAAUUUGUUUUUCUUCCCGUUUCUUUCUUUCUCCUUUCCCCGUUCUCUUCCUCUUUUUCUUCUUUUCUUUCUUCCCUUCUUCUCCUUUCUUUUCUUUCUAUUCCCUUCCUCUUUCGUCCUUCUUUUCAUUACUCUUUCUUUCUCUUCCCUUCUCUUCCCUUUUUCUUCCCAUUCCUUCCCUUCCUUCCUUCCUUUUCCCUUUCUCCUUCCCAGUCCUUCCCUUUUCCCUCUUCCUUCCUCCCCUUCCUUCCACUCUUCUCCUUCACGGAGGUUUCCUUCCUCUUUUUGCAAACCCCUUCCCAUUAUUUGCAAAGCAAUGCCGGGCUCCGUCGGGGAAGCCAAGCCCAGGCGGGCAGGCAGGCGCUGUUGUUGUUGUUGUUGUUGUUGUUUGCUCAGGAAUCUUGCCAGGAAGGGCUUUUGGGGGCUCUGAGGGAGGGCCGGGCGACAGGAAGGGAUGGGCGGGGCAGGGCGGGGCAUCCAGGUCUAUUUUGAAAAAGAAUAGGAAGUUCAUUAUCACCUUCAUUCUUGGCUGGGAUUUGCAGGGUUUGCAGAAUUUGCCAUUUUCAGAAUUUGCAGGUUUGCAAAAUUUGCAGAGCUUGCAAAAUUGCAGGAUUCGUAAGGUUAAGGUUUGCGACUUUUGCAAAUUUGCAGGUUUUUCGAAUUGCAGGGCUUGAAAAAGUGCAGAAUUUGUAAGGUUUGCAGGGUUUGCGAAUUUUGCAAUUUUCACAAUUUGCAGGUUUGCAAAAUUUGCAGGGCUUGCAAAAUUGCAAAAUUUGUAAGGUUAGUGUUUGCGUCUUUUGCAAAUUUGCAGGUUUUUCAACAUUUGCAGGGCUUGCAAAAUUGCAGGUUUAUAAGGUUUUGCAAGGUUUGCAGAAUUUGCAAUUUUCAGAAUUUGCAGGUUUGCAAAAUUUGCAGGGCUUGCAAAAUUGCAGAAUUCGUAAAGUUUUGCAAAAUUUGCAAAUUUUGCCAUUUUCAGAAUUCGCAGGUUUUCAAAAGUUGCAGGGCUUGCAAAAUUGCAGAAUUUGUAAGGUUUGCAGGGUGUGCAAAUUUUGCAAUUUUCAAUAGUUGCAGAUUUUCAAAAUUUGUAGAGCUUGCAAAAUUGCAAGGUUUGCAGAUUUUGCAAAAUUUGAAUGUGAAGGGAUUGCAGGGUUUGUAGAAUUGCAACGUUUGCAGAACAUGCAGGGUUUGCAGAUUUGCGAAAUUUGCAACAUUUCAGAGAAUGCAGAGUUUACAGAAUUUGCAGAUUUUUCAAACUUUGCAGUGUUUGCAAAAUUGCUGAAUUCAUAGUAAAAUGGGCAGGUUUUUAGAAUCUGCAAUAGUGUGGGAUUUGCAGGGAUUGCAGAAUGGCAAAGUUUGCAGAAUUUGCAGAAUUUUCAGAAUUGCAGUUUGCAGAAUUGUCAGAAUUUGCAGAAUUGCAAAGUUUGCAGAAUUUUUCAGAUUUGCCGAACGUGCACCUGACACGAUGCCCCGCUCUUGUGGCCGGUCCGGCUUUCUGGCCUAGCCAAGGCCCAAGAGGAGGCGGGUGAUGCACCCAUUGUUGUUGACCGUUGACAUUGGGGGGGGGGUCAUUGGUCAGUGGGUCAGUUGGCCUUGCGUGGCCUUUGAGAUUUAUGCAAAGAGAUUUCCCAUCCAAAUUAGUUCCUCUUGUUGUUAAUUAUUCCGCCCUUUUGCAGCAGAACGAAUCACCGUUUCCUCUUCAUUUUUCCAAAGAA